AUGGAGGGUUCCAACUCCGACAGCGACGCGCCCGCCAGCACCUCGCGGCGCAAAUCCGGACGCGUCGUCAAGAAGCCCGCCGUGCUGGGCGUGUCCUCCCCAACCGGCAGCACGAAGCGCAAACGAAACGACGUGGAGGAGGACAGCGAUGAUGCGGAAGAGAUGGCUCCAGACGCGUCUGAUGAGGAUAUGGAGAGCAGCGAAGGCGAGCCUGACGAGGAGGAGAUACGGGAAAAGAGACGUAAGGCAAAGAAUCGCAAGAAGGGACAGGUCAAGCCGCCGGUUAAGAAGGCGAAGCCGAAUGGGCAGACGGUCAACUUAGCCAUGAGGCCUGCGCCGAAGAGGGCUAGGAAGCCGAAGAAGGCAAAGGCGCUGGAGGGGGCGGACGCGGAGGAUGCGGGGGGCCUUUACACUGAGGUCUUCGCGCGAGGCCACACACUCGAUGACGUUGCUGCAGACUGGGUUUCGCAGUUCAAGAAGCACGAGUCGAGCGCCGUUGCGGACCUGGUCAACUUCGUGCUCAAAUGCGCCGGAUGCGAUUCGAAAGUGGAUAUGCACGAUAUCGAGGAUCCGGAUGGCUGCACGAACAAGUUGACAGACUUGCAAGAUGAGUAUCAGUCUCACAAAGUCACAGAAUACCCCCUUAUUGCCAAGGGAAAAGGCGCCACCUCAUUCAAAGCGUCUCUCAAAGGCUUCUUCGAUUCACUCAUUAGGACAAUAGCCGCCUCGGGCCUCCUGUACGAGAAUAUCGAGCUUAUUGAGAACAUCGAAGUAUGGGUGAGCACCAUGUCCUCCGCCGCCAACCGGCCGUUCCGCCAUACCGCCACCGUUGUGUCGCUUGCCAUUGUGAGCGCGCUGUGCGAUGUCGGCAAGGACCUUGUGGAAAGCACAGCAAAAACUCUGCGGCAGAGCGAAAACGAGCAGAAGAAGGGACGCGUCAACAAGGGAAGGGUUGCUGAUCUGGAAAAGAAGGCGAAGCAAGCCGGCAAGAGGCAAGAACAGCUCGACACCAUCAUCAAAGAUUGGUUUGAUACUGUAUUUGUGCACCGAUACCGCGAUGUGGAUCCAAGAAUACGCGUGGAUUGCGUGCACGCGCUUAGCGACUGGAUUUUAACGUACCCGGACCUUUUCUUUGACGGCCAUCAUCUCCGAUACCUUGGCUGGGUGCUUUCCGACACCUCCGCACCGACACGAUUAGAGGUCCUGAAGCAGCUGCAGCGACUCUACAAGGACAAAGACAAGCUCGCUGGAUUCAAGACAUUCACCGAACGUUUUCGAGCAAGGAUGGUCGAGAUGGCGACAAGGGAUGCUGAAUCGAAUGUACGAUCUUCAGCGGUCGAACUGUUGGACAUCCUUCGAGAAGCCGGGCUACUCGAGCCAGAUGACAUCGACUCCGUGGGGAGACUCAUUUUUGACUCAGAACCACGCGUCCGGAAGGCUGUCGUCGGCUUCUUUGCGGAGAACGUCAAUGACCUAUACGAGUCUAAAAUCGAGGAGCUCGGUGGUCAAGAGGCACUUGAUGAAGCUCUGGUCCCCAUCGAAGGCGACGAAGACUACGACAGCCCAAGAAUAGAGUGGCUAAAGCUGAAGAGUCUAGUUGAGAUCUUGCAGACCUACGAUGCAGAAGAUCAGGCGCUACCAAGUCAGAUCGAAAAAGUGCCGAGUGCUGCGAACUAUGUUCUUAUCGCUGCCGGUAUUGAGUCACGGUUCUCUCUAGCAGCGCAAGCGCUGUACAAUCUUGUUCCGGAGAUCAAGCGGUGGAAGGUCCUUGCUGGCUACCUACUUUUCGAUAACUCACAGGCAACGCAGAAUGGCACAGCAAACGAUGAUCCGGAAACACUCUUCAAAGUUGCGUGCAAGCUUGGCGGGAAGGAGGAGAUUGUUUUGCUCGAAGUCCUCAAUGCAGCCGUAAAGAUGGGGUUGACGGAGACAAUGGAGGCUGGAUCGGACAAGAAGCACAAGAAGACGAAAGCCCAGAAGCAGCUAUUACUCGAAGAACAGGAGUCCGCAGCACGACACCUCGCGACUCUCAUCCCGCGGCUGCUGAAGAAGUUCGGCGCGCUCCCUGACGCUGCAUCUGCGGUACUUCGACUCGAGCAUGUCCUGAACCUGGAAGUGUUCCAACAGCUACGGCAAGACUCGAGCACUUACUCCGCACUUCUCGAUGACAUCAACAAGCAAUUCCUCACGCACGGUAGCGAAAGCGUGCUGUGGGAAGCCAGCGCUGCCCUUCUCCACGCCAAAAGCUACGAAGAUCUCGGCGAGCUCACAGAAGGAAAAGUCCAAGCCCUCUGGGACGACACCCUCAACGCGCUCCAGACUCUACACAAAGGCCUCGACUUCACGACCCGCGGCGGCCUGAGCUCCAACAUCCUAACCGCCGUCUCCAACACCGUCCUCCGCCUCUCCAACCUUGUCGCAAAAUUCGAUUGCAUCGAGCCCUUCGAGUCGGUGCCCGCCGCCUCCAGACCCUCCCAACCUAAGCAGCCCGACUCGGACAACGCGGUAGCAAUCCUCACUGACAUCAUCUCCCGCGGCAUCCCCACCACAGAUAUCGAACCCGAAACCGACGAUCAGGAAAACGCUCUCGUCGCCCACGCAGCAACUUGCCUCCUCUUCUACUUCAUCUGGAAAGUCCGCGCCUGGCAAUCCGCCAUCGCCUCCUCCACGCCUAUCCCAGACGCAGACCUCGAGGCCGUCGCCGAGCGGCGUGACGCGUUCGUCGCGGCCCUCACUGCGGUGCUUGAGCAGCGUCAUGGCGCGGAUGAGCUGCGGCUCGCGGUCGCGGGCACGCUGCUGGACCUGCAUAGCGUGUUUGUUACGCUGCGGCAGGCGAAGCCCAGAGCGGUGGCUGCAGUGAGAAGGGGAGGGGAGGAGCCGAAUGAGGAUUACCUCGCGCUGAUACUGGAGAUUCCACAGCAGGCGCAGGAGGUGCUGCUGCAUGUGCUCGCGGCUGCGGAGAGGAACUUCGCAAAGCGCGCGGGGAAGGGUCUUGGCGAUGCCGCUGGUGGGGAUGAGGAUGAUGCAGAUCCGAUUGCGAGCGAUGAGGAGCCUGAGGGCUCUGAUGAUGAAGACAACGAGGAGGGGGAUGAGGCUCGCAAGGCGGAGAAGACGCAUGCGGCGCUUAUGGCGGAGCAGCGGCUGUGCGAGUUUGCGGGGAAGCUGGUGCUGGGGAUCGUGGCGGGGGUUGUGGAUGCUGGGGAGGGAGAGGGGAGAAUUAGGAAGAGGUUGGAAAGGAACAAGGCCAGGCUUGGGCAUAACUAUAAGGAGGUGCUGGGCUAUUUGGAUGUUAAGGAGAAGGGCGGGAAGAGGGCAGGGAGGACGGGUGCGAAGGGUAAGGCGAGGCCUGCGGCCGAGAGGAGGGAUAUCACGAAGCCGGCGAAGAGCAGAGAGACUGUGGGCAACGAGGAGAGCGAGGCUGAGGAGACAAGGGUGGACGACGAGGCUGAUGAGGAGACACUGAGGGCGAGGGGAUUGAUGGUCGAGGAUGAUGACGUUGAGGACGAGGGCGCGGAUGUCCCCGAUCAGGGUGGAGAUGUGGAGAGUGUGCUCGGCGACUGA